UCUAGUGUGUGUCGUCGAAGAAAGCACUAAUUUGACUUGUGAAACGUAACAUGUAGCGCAAGAGUCAUCGCGUAAUUCGUAGCACUUUCUUCAAUGAGCCAUGCGGUAUUGGUAUCACGUCCCGAGUUACGUAGUGAACGAUAUAUAACGCGAGCGCGCCCCAGGAUAUGCACAUUCCACAUCGAGGACCGUGAAGAUCCAAACUCAAACGAACAGCCAUGGACUCCAAGAUUGUAGUAUUCAUCUGUUUAGUAGGCGUGGCAAGUGCAAGUGUUAUCGCACCUGUACCUGUCGCCCGUGUAGAUCCCCUCCCGCAGUACUCCUACGGAUAUGACGUUCAGGAUACUCUCACUGGAGAUUUCAAAGGACAUCAAGAAAACAGGAAUGGCGAUCUCGUGACUGGAUCUUAUUCGGUUGUCGACCCUGAUGGCACUAGGAGGAUCGUGGAUUAUACAGCUGACCCCUUAAAUGGAUUCAACGCGGUAGUCCGCCGCGAGCCCUUGGUGGUAGCCGCUCCUGCUAGAGUGGUCGCUCCCGCUCCAAUCGUGGCCCCUGCCCCUGUGGUGGCCCCGGCGCGCGUGUUCGCGUCAGCUCCCAUUGUGGCACCGGGUCCUUACUACGCGCGUGCACCUUUUGCACCUGCACCACUCCUAGCCCCUAGACUACCAGCGCCUGUGUAUUUCUAGAUGAAUUUUACAAUUUUGUUGUUGCUGUUUGUACAUAAUAUUUUUAAACUCUUUUUAUGAUUGUUAU